AAACUUUAGCUUUGGAUCAAGUUCUGACUUGCUGGGGUUCCCCAAAAUUGGAUCUUUUUAUCUUGGUUCAUAAAUUUCCUUCUCUGUGUUUUGUUUUCACAAAAAUUAUAACUAGAAAUACUAAAAUUAGAAAGACUCCAUCUUUAUCUUUUAUUUAAGAAAGCAUGAAGAGACUCAACGGCACUAAUUCAUUGGGUGGUUUCAUGUCCAAUUCUCCCAAUUCAACAGUUGAUGUGGAAUUUCAGACAAUGUUGGAGGAAGAAGGGUGCGUGGAAGAAUGGGGCCAAAUUUGGGAGAAGAAGAGGAGAUUAAGCGUGGUUCAAGUGAAGGCUUUGGAGAGGAAUUUCGAGGUGGAAAACAAGCUGGAGCCAGAGAGGAAGGUCAAACUUGCUCAGGAGCUGGGCUUGCAGCCGCGACAGGUGGCGGUGUGGUUCCAAAACCGCCGGGCGCGGUGGAAGACGAAGCAGCUAGAGAGAGACUACGGCCUCCUCGAGGCCAACCACGACGCCCUCAAGCUUAGAUAUGAAUCUCUCCACACAGAGAAUCAGUCUCUGCUCAAUCAGAUUAGUGAGCUGAAAUCGGAGCUGAAUGUGGGUGAGGCCCAAAUUGCAGUGAAGGAAGAGGCGUCACUGUCGAAAUCGGAAGAAAAAUAUGAUAUAGAAAUCCACGGUGGCGGAGCUGCGGCGGAACUGAAUUUCGAGAAUUGCGAUGGCGAUGCGCAGGAAAAUGAGACGAUCGGCGCGGCUUUUGCCGAUUUCAAGGAUGGAUCGGAUAGCGAUUCGAGCUCGAUUCUGAAUGAGGACAACAACAACGGCAGUCCACAGCGGUUUGAGGCGAGUGUUGUUGGAGAGUUUUACCAAACGGAGCACAAUUUUUUCGGGGAGGAAUCGUGCAGCACUUUGUUUUCCGACGAUCAACCUCCCACUCUUCAUUGGUACUGUAAUGAGCACUGGAAUUGAAGAUACUAAUAUUAUAAAUAAAUGGGAAUAAUCAAGAUUCUUUCUUUUUAAA